CACAUCUUGAAGAUGUAAAAUAAGUUUGGGAAAAAUUGGUGGUAGGCUGCAAAAGACAGGAAAAAUUUUCUCCUACUACGAUUAACCUUUCUCCUACUACGAUUAACAGUUAAGAUGGAACAUCAAGAAAAAGCACCAGAAGGCAAUCUCACUAAAUUGAUGGAAUUUGUUCUCCUGGACUUUGCUGAUGUUCCUCAUCUCCAGAAGUUUUUAUUUGGACUGUUCUUACUCAUCUAUAUAAUUAUCUUGAUGGGCAAUGGCAUCAUAGUUCUGAUAACAAAACUAGACCCUGCUCUCCAGACCCCCAUGUAUUUUUUCCUUGGCAAUCUUUCCCUUUUGGAAAUCCGUUACGUGUCUGUUACACUCCCCAGAAUGCUCACAAGUCUUGGGACACAAAGAAGAACGAUUUCUCCGGUUGCUUGUGCCACACAAAUGUGCUUCAUCAUUACACUCGGAGCCACCGAGUGCUUCCUUCUGGCCGUGAUGGCCUGUGAUCACUACGCGGCCAUCUGUAGCCCUCUGCGCUAUCCUCUAGUUAUGAACCCCAAGGUGUGUGUCCAGCUAGCAGCUGGCUCCUGGAUCAGUGGAAUCCCAAUCCAAAUAGGCCAGACAUGCCAGAUUUUCUCUCUGCCCUUCUGUGGUUCUAACCUCAUAAACCACUUCUUCUGUGACACCCCUCCCAUACUCAAGCUGGCCUGUGGGGACACUUUCCUGACUGAACUGUUGGUCUUCACAGUUGCUGCGCUGUUUGUUUUGGUUCCAUUUCUGUUGAUACUCGUCUCCUACGGCAAAAUCAUCUCCACAAUCCUUAAAUUGCCAUCAGCCACGAGUCGGGGCAAAGCCCUUUCCACCUGCUCAUCUCAUCUUAUGGUUGUGGCCUUGUUCUUCGGCUCAGCCAUUGUCACAUAUUUAAGACCCAAGACGCAGGGCUCAGCAGGAACUGACACAGUGCGUUCCCUGUUCUACACGAUUGUGACGCCUGUGUUUAACCCCAUGAUGCACAGUCUGAGGAACAAGGAGGUCAUGACGGCCCUGAGAAAGUGGCCAGGUAGACACCUUAGUUCAUGGAAAAAGUGACUUGUGUUUCAGAACUUGAUUUCUUAUAUGUGUGUUACAAAUUUUCAACAGAUAUUUACCUUAAAUUCAAUUUAUCUGUCUAUAAAGUGGUAGUUAUUACCAAAAUAAAAAUUACUGUAACACUGAGAAACCUUUCUGUCUCCAGUUAUACAGUAGUGUAUGGGUCAACAAAUAGCAAAUCAUUUGCUUGGGAAUUCUAUAACCUUAUUGUGAAAUGUUCUUUUGUAGUAAGAGCUUUAGACAAGAACUGCUAUAAGAGGCCCAGUUGUAAUACAGACUCAGUUAUAUCACUUAUUGGAAAGUAUAUUGUUCAGUUCCAUAGAGUUGUCAUGGAAAUUUUUAAAACUAAGUCAGUAAUGGACAUUAAUUACAAUGUUAUGUAUAGUUUGGCCUAGCAAUUGUUCUACAGAGAAAUAAUUUCUUAGAGUGAAAAGUACCUCUCAUUAGGAAUGUAGUUUAAUAAACGAUGCUGUACAAUGAUAUUAGUAAUUAUUAGGUAUCAUUUAUGUGUAUAUCAGGUUAAAUCCAUAAUAUGAUUUAUUGAGUUGAUAAAACAAAAGAUAUUAUUGAAAUCUUUACAGACAAUAAGAUGAGCUUGGAAAAAGUGAUAAGAAUAUUCACAAGUCAUAUAAUAUAUUUUCCUAGAGAUGAUAGUAGUGAUAGGAAAGUUAGGGUAAAAGGGAAAGGAUUUAAAUUUUUGUAAACAUAAGUAUCUGCUAUAAAAGCACAAGUAUUGUACACCUUAAACCUUACAUACAUACACAUAUUAAAAACGGUCAAUACAAAAAUAAUCAUCAUUGUUAAUUAUGGAAAUCACAGAGUAAAUCAUUCUGUGCUUCCCUUUGUUUUAUUGAAAUUGUGCAGUUUAUUACAAUAAACUUGU